AUGGCUUCUGAACCCCUUAUGUUUAAUGAAAACUCAAGUUCUAGUGAUUCAGACAGUGAACUUGAGAGUGAUACUGAAAUUGAUAAUGAUGAUGACAGUGACACCACAGACAGUUUGUCAUCAUUUGAUCAGUCUGAAGAAGAAGAUCUUCUGAACACAGAGGACAUAAGGGAAGAGCCAUCUUCUGGGAACUUACCAUCUGCAUUUGAAGUUAAUGAAGAGAAGCCUUCAAAUGUUGAAUCAAAUGUUGAAGUCACAGAUGUUGGCAGUUGUGAUGUAGAAAAGGCAGGAUUAGCUGAAAGUAAAGAAAUACUGCGGAAGCUCUCUGUGUUGAUUUGGAAAACUCUGUCAAAAUCUUCCAUGACAAGCUUACUUAAAGACUUUGUUGAAUCCGAAUUUUUUUUGAUUGAUGGAGAUUCAUUAUUCAUCAAUAGUGUUUCUAAUAUGAACUUGAAAUCAGGACAAACUCUCCACUUCUUCUAUAUUGUUGAACAAUUUCUGCAUGAUUUUAUCCAAAAGGAAGCAAAAUUUGUAGUUGUUUUCUUUAAGGAUGCAGAAAAUUUGUAUUUUGAUUUUCCCAAAUUUCUGGCCCUGCGUACCAUGCUGAUUCAACAUUUAGAACUCAAUACUGAUGUUACUGUUCAUACAGAGUUUUCCAACUGUCUGUCACCGGAAUGGGAACAGUUCCUUACAGAAUGUUAUCCAUAUUUCCUAGUUGUCUCAGAAACAGGAAUAACGCCACGCCAAACAAAGUUUUUAAAUGUUUUUAUCCUUCAUGCUCUUCAGAAGAAAAUCAAUAUUGUACAGAUUUCGGGAAUGGAAUCAGAUGUCCUUAGAAUUUAUGGAUAUUGUGCCUUAAGUGACUAUUCACACAGAGUAUUUUUCGAAAGGAUACAUCAAGCCUUGUCCUUGCUGCAGAAUCUUUGGCCAGAAGGAGCUGAUAUAAGAAGUAUAGUCUGCUCUAUUGCAUGUGUUGUAGCAUUAAAACUCUAUAAAAGAAUGUUACAUGAUGCACCAGACAGUGAAAAUCUAAAUACUGACACAGAAAAUCACAGAACACAGGACUUUGAAAAAAAGCUAACAUUUCAUGAAGCAGCAGAUCUCUGCAGAAUGCACUGUCUUAGUGUGAUUUGCCUUCAACAGUUACCCCUGUUUCAAAGAAUUAAGAGUAGAAUCAUUAGUUAUAUUUGGGAUAGCAGGCUUUCACCAUUUCGAAAAGUGAUGAAGCACUGUGAAUUUUUCAUCCUAAAACAAAUAAAAAGUAGAAAUCACUGGAAUGUAAAUUUUGCUGGUCUGCCUGAUUUAACUGAUAAAAGUUUAUGGAAAAAUAUUGCUUGUUAUUAUGAAAUUGACUAUAAAAGAGGUCUAGACUUGGGAUUAGGUAACACUUUGAUGCAGGAAUAUGGGAAAUUGUGGAAUACAGUUUUAACGCUUUCUGGGGAUGAUGACUUUGGAGGACACAUGCCCAUAAGGACAACGGCCAGACCAUUUCUUAAAGAGAAAAAAGUACCAUCUAAAGGACCAGGUGAAGAACUUCAUAAAUCAGGACUCAUACCUCUGAAAUCUGAGAUUGUCAAAGAGUUUGCUGGAGAUGUUUUAUCAGAACUACCUUUCCUAAGCAGUGACAAUCCAGCUAUACAAUCUCUUUCUACAAGAGAAUUUGAUGAUCUUACACAUUGGCAUUCUUCGAGACCUCUCAGUGAUGAUUUCAAAAGGUCUAGGUGCAGUAACUCCAAAACCAAGGAAGCCAAAGAAAGAAGAAAUACACAGAAAUUACAUCACUUUUAUCAUGUCUUUGGAAAAACUUUGAUAGGCAGUAGCACAUCAGUACAGAUUGUACAAGAAAAAACUAUGCCACCUCCAGAAAAUUCCUCUGUGAAGAAGAAACCAAAACACCAGAAGUCAAAUGCACAAAAAUUUAUUCAAGAAAAUCAAAAGAGACAGCUAGCCAAAACAGAGAAAAGAGAGGAAGAAAGAUGGAAUAACUUGUCACUAUCUAUUGAAAAGGAAAUUAGAGAAAAUCCAAUUGUUGGCAUAAAAAGAUUAGAAGAUUUUAUCAAAACGUGUUCUGUUAAAUCUGUAAAAUUUGAUGCAGAAAUGGUAGGAUUGGAUGCUUGCUUCAAAUUCUGGAUGGAGUACUGUUUAAAGCCAGAAGCAGAAUCCAAAGAUAUAAGCAUAAUAAUUAACUUGAUGAAAAGAAUUCACAUAAUCCAUGAAAAAUAUCCAGACCAAUUACAAAAUAAUCAUCGAAGAAAAAUAGCAAAAUAUCUAAAAUAUAUUGGAUUUGACAACUUGGCACAUACAUUAUAUCCUCAGCAGGACAUUUCUAAAUAUUCCAUUCACAUGGGAGCAGCACGGUUUCAGUUAACACACAUGGGCCCUUAUUUACUACGAGAAGAAAGAAAGGAUCCAGAUCCCAGAGUACAGCGCUUCAUACCAGACACAUGGCAGAGGGAGCUUCUUGAUGUUGUAGAUAAUAAUGAAUCUGCUGUGAUCGUUGCUCCGACCUCAUCAGGGAAAACCUAUGCUUCUUACUACUGCAUGGAGAAGAUUCUGAGAGAGGACGAUGAAGGGAUAGUUGUGUAUGUGGCUCCAACAAAGGCUCUUGUAAAUCAAGUGGUAGGAACUGUCUGCAACUUAUUUACCAAAGCACUGCCAAAAGGAGAAGUGGUAUGUGGAGUUUUUACAAGAGAUUAUCGUCACGACACCUUGAAUUGUCAGAUAUUGGUGACAGUGCCUCAGAGUUUGGAAAUACUCUUGCUCUCUCCUCAUAAUCAAAAGUGGACAAAAAGGAUCAGAUAUGUUAUAUUUGAUGAGGUUCACUGUCUUGGGGGAGAAAUUGGAGCAGAAGUUUGGGAGCAUCUUCUCGUUAUGAUUCGGUGUCCCUUUCUGGCACUUUCUGCUACUAUCAGUAAUCCUGAACAUCUCACAGACUGGCUGGCAUCAAUUAAAAGAUACUGGCAACAUAUUGAGAGCACAAUGGAAAAUUCAGGUUCAUCACAAAAUGCCGUGAAAGGUUCAAAGAAACAACAAGGAAAAAGAAUAGAGAAGUCAUCUUACAGAGUUAGAUUGGUGUGGUACAAAGAGAGAUACAGUGAUCUAGAGAAGUUUGUGUGCUCCCUCAAGGAUAAUCACUUCGUCAUUGAACACUACCACCCAUGUGCUGCACUUACACUCAAUCAUGUAAAAAAGUAUGGAAUUCCUUUAGACCUUGGAUUUUCUCCCAGGGAAACUAUUCUACUUUAUGAUGCUAUGGUACACAUUUGGCCAGAAUGGCCAAGAAUACAGGAAUUAGAACCUGAAGAAUUCAGCUGCUUCAAAAAUAAGUUGGUCAUCAUGAAGGCAGAUGCUAAAAAAUAUGAGGAGGAACUGAAAAAGGAAAUCGUUCAUUGGACUGAGGUGAACCCAAGCAAGAUGAAUCAGUUGCUGAAGUUCCUUAAACCUCAAAUAUUUGACUGUUCAGAAAGUGAAAAGAGAAAAAUGUUUCCCUCUUUUGUGGAAAAACUUAAAGAAAUGGACAAACUACCUGCAAUAUUUUUUGCUUUUUUCAAUUCACAUUCAGGUGCUAGAAUUCAAAGAUUGAUUUUAAUGAAAGCUGAAAUAGAAAGUAUAAAAAAUAACAUUAAAAAGCUCACUGAAGUUUCUUCAGAUUGUACUUACGCUGAUCGCCCAAUUGUGGAUUAUAAGACUUUAAACAAGAUAUUAUUCAGACUGAGAGGAACAAGACAAGCCUAUAAACUCUGUAGACUGCUAAGGCGAGGCAUUGGAUUUCAUCAUGGGUCAUUGGAAUAUAAAGAAAGACAAGUUGUCGAAAUGCUCUUCAGACUGAAACAUGUCAAGGUGGUAACAGCUACUUCAAGCCUUGCAUUGGGAAUUAAUAUGCCAUGUAAAUCUGUCAUUUUUACAGAAGAUUCUGUUUUUCUGGAUGCUUUGAACUUUAGACAGAUGUCUGGACGUGCAGGUAGACGUGGAGAAGAUCUUACAGGAAAUGUGUUCUUCUAUGGUAUUCCAUUACCUAAGAUCGAAAGACUCCUGAAAUCUAAUGUGCCCAAAUUAAAAGGUCAAUUUCCUCUAAAAUUGUCAUUGAUUCUCAGACUUAUGCUGCUUGUCUCCAAAGCAGAUGACAAAAAGGAUGCCAAAGCAAAGGUAUUAUCAGUUCUCCAACAUUCAUUGAUAUCCUUCAAGCAACCAAAAAUCAAUUGCAUGAUAAAAUUUUAUUUUAUAUAUUCUUUGAACUUCUUGAUCACAGAGGGAUACCUGAAUCAAGAAUGUAUUCCCGUUGGUUAUUCUGGACUGGUGUCUCAUUUGCAUUAUCACGAACCUGCAAACUUUGUUUUUGUAAGUUUGUUGAGGAAAGGUUUAUUUCACAAGCUAUGUACUCCAAUCAUAGUGAACGGUCGUAAGACUUUCUCUGAAGAUGUGAUGGAGAUGCUGGUGGUUGUGCUAGCACAUCUUUUUGGAAGAAGAUACUUUCCUCCAUGUGUGAAAAAGUUUAAAAAGAUGUUUUCUCAUUCUAUAGUAAGUAAACUGUUCAUAGAUGCUCUUCCUAAGGAUUUUGCUGCAGUAGUGGAGGAAUAUAAUACCAGAAUUAAAAAUCAUUUUGUUUCCUUCCUCACAACAAUUUCUAAAUUGGCUGACAUGAGAAAAGAAUAUCAAUUGCCUCUUUCAAGAAUUGAAUUUUCAGGUAAAGAAUGUGAAGACUCGGAACUGGUCUCUUAUUUGAUGCCUGGAACUGAAAGCAGAACUGCUAUUUCCCCAUUUGCUUGCCUGUCUGAUAUAACGGAUCAAGAUUUAUAUGAUAUUGAUGUGAUAAGUGAUGCUAUGUUACGAACAGUUAAUAUGAGUAUCAGAAAUGUUCCAUUCCUCUUUUUGGAUAAAUGUGAUAGCACUGGAAGGAAGCAUCCAUUAAAUGCUUAUAUUUUGGACUUCUACAAGCAAGGAUCUCUGUCAGCACUGACUUUGGAUAAUUGGUUAAAUAUGGGAGAUGCUUUUAAUUUAAUCAGAGACUUCACACUUGUUCUUCAGUCCAUCAGUAUUUCACUAAGUGAAUUAUGUGAUGAUGAAGAUGACAAUGUUAUACUGGCAUUUAAACAACUAAGUGAAGCAUUCAAUAAAAAACAUUGGAGAGGAAGAUAUAGACCGUGUUAA